AUUUAAUCACUUGUUCUUUCCUUCCUCGUCCUUCUUUCACUUUCUAAUGCAGCUAGACUAGCUUACUUUCUAAGCAGCAAGACAAAGUGCCUGUUUUUGGGGAAAGUUGGACUUCAUAUGGAGUUUUUUUUGGUCAUUGAUUUCAGUGCAUCUUUCAUUCGAGUGUGAACUUAGCUCUCUGGAGGAAGAGCGGGAUUUCAAACUGCACGAUCAAAUAUCCCCCCCCCCCAUUUCUCUUUUUUAGUGACUUUUGCUUGAUACUCCUGGAUUUUGGAUCCAUAUUUUACUCUGCUCCUCACACCUUGGCUCUCGAUUUCGUCUUGAUCUGAAUAUAUUACAGAAGUUUUUGCACUUUUGCUUUCAUCUGGAGCGCUUCGGAGGAUGUCCGGCUGUGCCAGACGCUGCAAACACGGAUUAGUGAAGUUUGCUCUCUCUGUGAGCAAACUGGUGACGGGAACACUCAUUAAAGAUAAGCUGGAUGAUGACCUGGAGCUGUCAAUGGUUUGUCAUCGUCCUGAAGGUCUGGAGCAGCUGGAGGCUCAAACUAACUUCAACAAGAAAGAGCUGCAAGUGUUAUACAGAGGCUUCAAGAACGAGUGUCCCAGCGGGGUUGUCAAUGAGGAGACGUUUAAGCAGAUCUACUCUCAGUUCUUUCCUCAUGGAGAUGCCAGCACAUACGCACAUUACCUGUUCAACGCCUUCGACUCUUCCCAAAAUGGAUCCAUCAAAUUUGAGGACUUUGUAACGGCUCUGUCCAUCUUACUGAGAGGAACCACAACAGAAAAGCUGGAGUGGACCUUCAACCUGUAUGACAUCAACAGAGACGGAUACAUAAACAAAGAGGAGAUGAUGGAUAUUGUGAAAGCCAUAUAUGACAUGAUGGGCCGCUACACGUAUCCCGCCCUGAAGACUGACACACCCAAACAACACGUGGAUGCUUUCUUUCAGAAGAUGGACAAGAACAGAGAUGGAGUCGUCACUCUGGAUGAAUUCAUUGUCUCCUGUACAGAGGAUGAGAACAUCAUGAGGUCUCUGCAGCUCUUCGAGAACGUGAUUUAGAGCCACGAAUACAGAAAUGGAGGAAGAUAAACAAACUGACGAGCGUUCAGUCUGAAACCGGAACAACAUUCACCCUGUCGUAACUCCACAAACACAUUCACCCAGACUGUUUUGCUUUCAGAAAAUCCUCCGUUAAAGCUCGAUUGGGCAUCAGAGUUAUGCGUUUAUAACCAAACAAGCAACUAGCAUGUCAGAGUGUCUCCAAAGCUGACUUUACUGUGAGGGUUUUGAAAUAUGAAAACGUUAUUAAUUUUAUCUAUGUCAAACUCUGAGGUACAUUUUUUGCAGAGUAAUAUCCAGUCGACUUGUGAUAUAACGUAUGUGCUACAAACAUUCAGCACAUCUGAUGCGAGGUGUUUUUAUGUGUUUGUCAUUUUGAUAAAUUUUAAAAAUCUGUUAAUUAAUUUCUCAGUAUUUUUGUGAUUCACUGGUGUUUUCUGUAUAUUUACGGUUAUUAAUUGCAUUAUGGGAUCUUGAUCAUCAUCUUGAAAAAUUGCGCUCAUUUGAGCAUUUUGAAACAGUUUAUUGCAUUUGAAGUUAUAUUUUUAAAUAUUUAUUAUUAUUAUUAUUAUUAUUAUUAUUAUUAUUAUUAUUAUUAUUAUUAUUAUUAUUAUUAUUAUUAUUAUUAUUAUUAUUGGGCAACACAGUGGCUCAGUGGUUAGCGCUGUGGCCUCACAGCAAGAAGGUCACUGGUUCAAGUCCCGGCUGGGUCAGUUGGCAUUUCUGUAUGGAGUUUGCAUGUUCUCCCUGUGUCAGCGUGGGUUUCCUCUGGGUGCUCCGGUUUCCUCCAUAGUCCAAACACAUGCGCUAUAGGGGAAUUAAAUUAACUAAAUAGGCUGUAGUGUAUGUGUGUGUG